AUGCGGGCCCUAUCCCUGGUGCUCCUCGUCGUCCAUGGCGCUCUGGCCGACGUGAAAACCCUAGGUGCACCAGCCUACAGUUGCGAUGCGAACGUCAUGGCUCCGAGCGCCACCGUGCCCACCAACGUCAACCAGGUCCGCUUCGCCGACAUCAAGGUCAUCGCCGCCAUGGGCGACUCGCUGACGGCUGCUAACGGAGCCGGGGCAAUUCCUGGGGACCCUGUGCAAGUAAUCCUGCAAUACCGAGGCCUGUGCUUCCACGGUGGCGGCCAGACGAAUCUUUCGGAUCAGAUCACGAUUCCUAACAUUCUGCGAAAAUUCAACCCAAAUUUGCAAGGAUAUGCCGUUGGGACCGGUUCGGAAAAUGUGUGGGAGAAAGCCAAGCUGAACACUGGAAUCCCUGGCGCCCAAAGCGGUGGUCUGCUCACACAAGCCGAGACGCUGAUCAACAAGAUGAAGGCCCAUUCUGAGAUCAACUUCAAAAACGACUGGAAACUCGUGAACCUCUUCAUCGGUGGCAACGACCUGUGCGCCUACUGUGAUGAUGUUUACCACAACGCAUCGAGCCCCCACUCGGCCGAAGACUUCCGCGACAACAUCAAGGCAGCCGUGAAAAUGCUGAAGGACAAUAUGCCGCGAACCAUCGUCUCCGUCACCGGCAUGUUCAACAUGGGAAUGCUGCGCGUCGUCGACAACAACCAGUUCUUCUGCGAUGCCCUCCACGUCUUCGAGUGCCCCUGCGAAAAAGACAAGGGCUUCACCAACGAGGACAUGGACGCCGUUUGUCAGUUGUACAUGAAACGUGAGCAAGAGCUCCAGGACACCGGGAUCUUCGAGGCCGACGAUUUCACGCUGGUCAUCCAGCCGUUCUUUGAAGAUGUGCAUCAACCGCCGAUGAAGGACGGCAAGGUCGAUCUGUCCUUCUUCGCCCCCGACUGCUUCCACUUUUCAAAGUUUGGCCAUGCUGUGGUCGCGAAAAACCUCUGGAACACCAUCCUGCAGCCGGUCGGCAAGAAGGCGCGCAACGCCAACCUGUCGGACGUGACGCCGACGCUGUCUUGCCCCACCGCGAGCUGUCCCUUCUUCCCGACCGUGAAAAACAGCCAGAAUUGCGCCAAGCUGUGGACGCCGAGCAUUUUGGAUGUG